AUGGAGCCGGUGACAAAAGCUGCAGAAAGUGAAGAUGGAUAUGCAUAUGCUAAGAAUUGUUUCUUAGAGAUGGGAGAAAAGAUUGAUACAUGUGUGGGAAAGGGGAAACAAGUUGAAGAAACUAAUCGGGUAAUGCCCAUAGUUAAGGAUGUAGCUGAAAGUAUGAGUAUGGCUCCAAGUGAAAUUGAGGUUGAACUUGAUGAAAACAAAAUAAAAGGAUUGAAACCAAAAGCAAGAAUUACGUACCAAACUAGUAAGAGACCAAAGAAUGCAUUAGAGCAUGCUGCGACGAAGCGCAGAAACAAGGCAAAGAAAAAGGAUACAGUCGUGGAAACACUACAGGAUGACAAGUUUGAGAAUAAUAAUAAGCGAAUUGAGGUUCCUUCACGGGUCCUAAAUUGGUCUUCCCAACCUCUUAAGAUUUUUGAACCAAAUGAACUCCACUUUCCCGAAGUUAUGUCAUCUUUCUCGAGUUAUGGAAGAGGAAAACAACCACAAUUCAAUUAUCCAAGUGUUAACGAGAAAGAUCCUCUCUUCACCUCAGACCACAAGCCUGUCGGAUUUUCCAAUCAUCAGAAAACCAUUCCUUGUGAAUCUGGUUCAGGUUCCAGCCAAAUUUACAAAAGAAACCAAGCGCGGCUUCCUCAGAAAUCUAGAGGAGGUUCCAAAUCUGAGACUGAAUUUCUUUUCUGCUCAAGAGGCGGAAUUCUAAAUCCUAGAUCGACAUCAUCAUCAAAGGGGACGGCAUCAUAG